AUGUCGCCGCUGGAGGUUACGCAGGCUGCGAACGGGAGUGGAGGAGACGACACGACGGCGGGACCGAGGACCAGCGUCCCCCGACCGCCGAGCCGGAGGAGCGUUGCCUCGAGCGACGGAACGUCGGCGCAUCCUCUCCUCGCCCUAUCGGCUGAUGACGGAGCUGCGUCCCCUUCGAGCGGGUCGUACGCCGUCUACAGUCCAGGCAAGAAGCGGGCGGCAGUCUCAGGAGGUAGUGGGUUCUCCUCGUCCUCGGUCACUCCCUUGCCUCUCUCGCCAAACGAAGGGCCCCUUUCUCCUUCUUCUGCCUCGAAUGCGACAACUACCCCUCCAUUCGUCCCGACGACCGCCCCCUUCCUCCCGCCACUGGUAUCUCGGCCGUCAAACUCGACAUUGCCUUCGCCUUCCGGCAGACAGUACGCGCGAUCCGUCUCGGAGGCCAAGGAGAAGCUUCAGAAGCAGGCGCUCAAGGCGGAACUACAGGGAUUGGGACUGUCGGCAGAGUCAGCGGGAUCGGCUCUCGUAAACAGGCUGGCGACACUCGGCGAAGAUGCGGAUUUCAAGGGAUUGCAGGCGGUUCUCGCGGGCGGAAAGAUCACACUGCUCCUACCGGCUGAGAAGCUCGACUCGCCAUCACAGCUCACGCCUUCCUUCGUCCUCGAUCACCUCGUCCUCCUCGAUCCUCCAGCUUCAGGAUCCUCCGCUGCCAUCGAGCGGCCCUUCGUCACGUUGAGCGGCGUCCGAGGCGUUAUCGUCGGCGGCGAGCUGGUGUUCACGAGCUGUGCGGCCGAAACGCUGCGGCAGGAUCUGGCGGACUAUGCGAGUGAGGACCUUCAGCGACAACUGCGAGGAGUCGCACCUCUGACAGCUCCUCCCACGACGGCUUCCUACCCGUCAACCAUGCUCAUCUCGGCCAUUACGACUCUCUCCAUUCCCCAAGCCCGCUCUGCAACUCUCCCAACCGCGACAUCGUCCCGAGCAACUAGCCGCCUCGCCGCCCUCUUCAGCAAGCCAGCCGUGGCAGAGACAGGCGCCCCCGACCUCCCGCCCGUCGUCCCUGCUCCUGCCGGACUGCUCGGCGAUGCUUCUGCACAGGCGAACGACGCCGCAGCGAGUGCAUCGUCGUCAAGCGUCGACGUUGCGGUUCUCGCCGUCGGCAAAGUUGUUCGUCGGCAGGAGGUGCUUACAUCCCUUCGCAGCGCAACCUCUGCGCACAUGAGGAUGCUCGUUCGGGGUGUUGGGGGAGCGCAAGGUGAGGCAGAUAUCGGGGUGACGUUAUCGUCAUUCGCCGAGCGCUUCUGCCCGUCCCCGGCUCCGCCUGAAGCCUCGACGAGCGGGAAGGCUACGACGCCUUCGGUUUCUACGAGCGCGACAAGUCUGCUGGACGCCGAUCCCCUCGCCGUCGCCGACACCUACCAAGAGACGAUGCACGCCGUCAGGCUCGACUUGACCCGCAACAUCGGCUCGACACCGUCCGCCCCUUCAGACAUUGACUCGUCAACCGCGCCCUCGCUCGAAGACUUCAGCCAACUUGAAGAACGGGUCGACGCCUCCCUCGAGAAGGUGGAAGAGGUCGUCACCUCUAUUCUUUACGACCGCCUCUUCGCCCCGCCAUCCGCGCGAGACUUGCAGGAGGACGAGAACCUCGCUUCGCGGAUAGCGGCGCUCAACGUCCUCGAACUGGAUCUCGAGCAUCUUGGCCUGGAACUUGGAGACGAGGAGGGUCUCCCUGGAUGGGAAGGACGGAGCUCGGGUGCCCGCGAUAGCCUCGAAGAUCUCGCGGCGCUCGUGGGAAAGGAGCUGAACCGCCUCGAAGACCCGGAGAAGCGGACGCCGAACGCCAAGCUUGCCAUCCUCGUCGAGUGCCACAAGAUUCUCGUCGAUGGGUUGAGCAAGCUUCCGCCGAUCCCGCUCAAGAAGGAGGUCACGGGCGACGACAAAAGCUCGUUGUCAGACGUGCCUGCCGAGGUCGAGAUGGACGACGCCUCAUCCCGCUCGAGCUCCUUGCCUCCGUCUCGCCCAAUGUCGCCGCCUUCCGCCACAGGGUCGUCAUCGGCGGAAGACGCGGACGACGAGCUGCUUAAGACGCCGAAACCUCCGCCUGCGGCAGAUCACGACGUCCCCGAAAUCAAGCUGCCGGACCCGAGCAAGGCGUCCCACGAGCUGUCCUCGUCGGUUUACGAAGCGACAUCCUCCUCCCUCUUCGAUCCCACUCCCGCGCCUUCUCCGCCAGUCUCGAUCUUCGAGACCAAGCGACGACCAGCUUCGGUCUCCUCGUCCUCGGCCACGUCCAGCGCAGACCUCAUCCUCCCCAUCCUGAUCUAUUCGGUCGUCCGCGCCAACCCGCCUCACCUCGUCUCGCACCUCCGCUUCAUCCGCCGCUUCCGCUCCGAGUCGCUCUUCCGCGGUCAGGCGAGCUACUGCGCCACCAACUUUGACGCCGUCGUCGAGUGGUCCCAGCACGUCGACCUGUCGACACUCGGUCUUUCCUCUGCGAAAGUCUUUGCGGCAGCGCGUUCCCCUUCGCUCUCCUCCUCGCCCAGCCAGUCACGAACUCGAGCUCAGGCGACCCCUUCAUCGAUAUUGCGCGCGCGAGUCUCGACUACAGCCGACCAGCUCGUCGACUCGGCCAACUCUGCGCUCUCCGGCGUCGUCGAUUCGUCGUACCGCAUCCUCUUUGGUCCGAAGGGAUUGACAUCCUCUGCGCCGAAGUCGCUCGACGAUGUCAAGUCGGUCUUGGACGGCGCGAGAGGCAAAGCGAGGGGGACCUUGCCGUUCAGGCGGAGCAGCUCGGCGCGGGAUUUCCCGACACUGCUUGUUGGGCGGAGACGAGGUGGAUCAGUCGCGAGCGGGAAGGCGGUGACGAUUGCAGGAGACGGAGAUGAGAAAGGGCUUGCUUCGACGAGCGAGGAGGAGGUCGGAGUGGGGAAGAGCGAGGAGAUGGUCGACAUCGUCCCUUCCUCGCCUUCCGGCACACCUGCUCCGCGCAUCUCGACCGAGGAGACCUACGCCCCACCACCUCCGCCACUUCCUCCUCGCUCCUCGUCGUUCGCCUCGACCACCGCCUCGAAGGAGAAAGACGACUUGGACACCCGCUCAGUUCGCAGCGUCUCAUCCUUCCUCAACUUCCGCGAGUCGACGCUUGGCAGGGCAUUGGGCGAAGUGCGUGACGGCGUUGUCGGUGCUGCUGUCGGCGCAGCGAGCGGCGACGAGCGAGGCGGUUCACCACCGCAACCUUCGCUUGGUGGACGGCUGCUCAACCGUUUCUCUGGCGGUGGAGGUGCGGCAUCUACCUCAGCGAUCCCGGCUCCAACCACCUCGCCCUCGUCUUCUCGGCGCUCGACACUCCUCAACCCCCUCGGCGGAGUGCACCUGUCUCCUUGGGGUGCCGCCGCCCCGUCCAGCUCCACCACCGCCGCCGGCAACGCACACAGCAGCACGCCUCUCUCGCCCGUCCCCGCCUCGCCGCUCAACUCGGUGAUCCUCUACCCUCGUCCCGUCUAUCAGCCAGUCCAGCGGUUCUUGGAUGUCAAGGAUGCGGGGGAAUUGAGGAUUGGAGAGGUGCAGGAGUUGUUGGAGGAGUACAGGAGGCUGGUGAGGGUCUUGCAGGAGGCGGCGUCAACGGAGGGGAAGGAGACGAAGGAGGAAGAUGAGGGGAAGCAGACGGAGGAGAAGGCGGUUCAGGCGGACACAAGCGUCGCUGCGAGCGGUGGCGAGGAGGCGUAG